UUCUUAAUAUAUAUAUAUUAAAUUCUUAAAUCUAAUUAACGAACAUCGAAGUGCGAACUCCACUUUCGGUCCACUUUCCUUUGCUUUUUCAUAAAGUAAAAGCCGCGUUAACUUAUUAGUCAACAUUAUCUACAAAACGGCCCCAAAAAAAAAAAAAUUAAUUAGAAAAUUGGUCUGCUGAAUUUCGUGGGACGUUCGAGGAAGAAUGGCAAGCAGUUUCGACCCCUUAUUAAUUGAGUCAACAUGUAAUUAAGUCGUCUCAUCGUUUCUUGGAAGGUUCAAGGUACAAGAUAUGGUGAAACUUCUUACAAACUCCCUUUUAUCUUGCUCUCAAAACAGACAAACAGAGCGUUUUGGUAUCGGAAUCGGAGACGAGCAAGCUUGGGUUACAAACAUGGCUUCUUCUUCUUCUUCUUCUGCUCAAGAAAAGCAUGAUGUGUUUCUAAGUUUCAGAGGUGAGGACACCCGUUUUGGUUUUACUAGCAAUCUCUUUAAUGCUUUGCGUGGAAAGAGUAUCCAAGCCUACAUGGAUAAUCAAGAGCUUGAAAGUGGCCAUGAAAUCUCACCACAACUUAUGAAAGCGAUUCAGGAAUCUAAGAUUUGCAUCAUAGUUUUGUCCAAAAAAUUUGCAUCAUCGACAUGGUGUUUGAAUGAAUUGGUGCACAUACUUGAAUGCAAAGGAAAUGAGAAUGUUAUACCGAUUUUUUAUGAAAUAGAUCCAUCCAUUGUUCGGAAACAAUCGAAUAGUUAUGCAGAAGCAUUUGUGGAGCAUGAACAACACUAUAAGGACAAAAUGGAGAAGGUGGAGCAGUGGAGGCGUGCUCUAGAAAAUUUGGCUAAUCUGUGCGGUUAUCAUUCAAAGAAUUUCAGGGAUGAGCAUGAGUUGGUUAACAAAAUUGCUAAAGAUAUUUUAUUGAAAUUGCCCAAGUACCAAUUAACAAAUUAUGGAGACCUCAUUGAAAUUGAAGAGCCUCUCAAGGAAAUUGAAUCAUUAUUAAGCAUUGGCCAAAUGGAUGUUCGCAUCAUAGGUAUUUGGGGCAUGGGGGGUAUCGGUAAGACCACCCUUGCUAGCCUUGUGUUUCAAAGAUUUUCAUCUCCUCAUUUUGAUGCUUAUUGCUUUCUUGAGGAUAUUCCAGAAGCAGAUAAUACAAAUCACUUGAGAAAAAGACUUUUUUAUGAGUUAUUAGGGGAUGAAAAUCUUCCACGCAUGGACACUCCGGUUCUAGGAUCAAGAUUUAUUCAAGAUAGACUCCAUUGGAAAAAGGUUUUUAUCGUUUUAGAUAAUUUGAAUGGGAGAAGUUCCAAAUUAAAUGAUUUAUUGGAAGGAUAUCAACUUGGUAUUGGAAGUAGAAUCAUUGUCACAAGUAGAGAUAAGCAACUGCUUGUGACAAAGAAUUGUCAAAUUUACCAGUUGAAGGGUUUAUAUGACCGUGAUGCUCUUCGGCUCUUCCGUUUCCAUGCUUUUGAACCAAAUUCACUUGCAACAUGUUAUGAGGCUUUAUUAGAAAGUUUUGCACAUUAUGCAAAGGGCAAUCCAUUAGCUCUUAAAGUCUUAGGUUCUUCCCUUAAGUACAAAAGCGUAGAAGAAUGGAAAAGUGAAUUGGAUAAGCUGAAAACAGAUCUAGAUCCUGAAAUUAAAAAAGUGUUGAGAAUAAGUUAUGAUGGAUUAGGCGAUAAAAGCAUCCAGGGUAUUUUUCUUGACAUUGCAUGCUUCUUUAUGUAUCAAGUACCUAGGGAAGAAGUAGAAAGCAUAUCAAACCAUGCAACAAUAGGAAUAAGUGUUCUCAUUGAUAAAUCCUUAAUAUCUGAAUGGUAUGGAAUGUUGCGAAUGCAUGAUUUACUACGGCAAAUGGCUCGGGCAAUUGUUCGUGAUGAAAGCAGAGAUUGUGGCAAUCGUAGUAGGCUAUGGAAUAAUAAGGAUUCCUGCCAUGUAUUGGAAAGAAAUACAGGAACCUCUGCAAUUGAAGGCAUAAUAUUGGAUCAGUCUCAACUCAGAAAAGAUGUAAAAGUGACCCCUACGGCAUUUUCAAAGAUGCCCAAUCUACGACUUCUUAAAUUGCAUUCGGAUAAAAGAUUCCCCAGUGGAGAAUGCAAUUUCAGAGUCAGUCUUCCUGAUGAGGUUGAUCCUUUUGAUUGGGAUGACCUAAAAUAUUUUCAGUGGGAUACAUACCCUUUGAAAUAUUUGCUAUAUUUUAAUCCCGAGAAUCUUGUUCAACUUAUUAUGCGUGAGAGCCAACUUGAACUUCUUUGGAAUGAAGACCAGCCACUUGAGCUGGUGAAGUUAAAGAAGAUCGAUCUUAGUUAUUCUGAGCACCUUAUGCAAAUACCAAAUUUGUCUCGGGCUAUAAAUCUUCAAGUUUUGAAUCUUCACGGUUGCUACAAUCUUGAAGAUGGCUUAGAAAAUCUUCCAAUCAGUGUAAGAAAAUUAUACCUGAGUAGGACAGCAAUUAAAAGGUUGCCGGAGAGCAUUUGGAAGUUGAAAUAUCUAGAACGGUUGCAUCUUUCUGGUUGCCGAAACUUGAGAAAGUUUCCAGAAAUCUCGGGCCGUAUGGAAUCCUUGGUUGAAAUUAAGUUAUAUGGAACGGAGAUUGAAGAGUUGCCGAAUUCAAUUGACAAUCUAACCCGUCUUAGAACUCUACAUCUUGGGUCGCUUGAAAGUUUUGGUGGAUGCAAUAAGAUCAUUAAGUUUCUUCCAAACAGCCUAUGUAAAUUAUUGCAUCUUCAAGAUUUGAACCUUGGGGAAUGUUCAUCAAUUGAAGAAUUGCCUCCCCUUCCACGUGGUUUGAGAGAAUUGGAUAUAGGAAAAUGUGAGAGACUGAAAUCAUUACCAGAGCUUCCGUCAUCUUUACGUUUUCUGCGUGCAAAGGAAUGUUCAUCACUUGAAGAAUUGCCUCCCCUUCCACGUGGUUUGAUAGAAUUGGAUAUAGGAAAAUGUGAGAGACUGAAAUCAUUACCAGAGCUUCCGUCAUCUUUAAUUCGUUUGCGUCCAGAGGAAUGUUCAUCACUUGAAGAAUUGCCUCCCCUUCCACAUGCUUUGUGGAAAUUGAAUAUAGGAAAAUGUGAGAGACUGAAAUCAUUACCAGAGCUUCCGUCAUCUUUAAUUCGUUUGCGUCCAGAGGAAUGUUCAUCACAUGAAGAAUUGCCUCCCCUUCCACAUGGUUUGACGCAAUUGAAUAUAGGAAAAUGUGAGAGACUGAAAUCAUUACCAGAGCUUCCGUCAUCUUUACGUUUUCUGGGUGCAAAGGAAUGUUCAUCACUUGAAGAAUUGCCUCCCCUUCCACGUGGUUUGAUAGAAUUGGAUAUAGGAAAAUGUGAGAGACUGAAAUCAUUACCAGAGCUUCCGUCAUCUUUAAUUCGUUUGCGUCCAGAGGAAUGUUCAUCACUUGAAGAAUUGCCUCCCCUUCCACAUGGUUUGACGAAAUUGAAUAUAGGAAAAUGUGAAAGACUGAAAUCAUUACCAGAGCUUCCGUCAUCUUUAUAUGAUUUGUGUGCAGAGGAAUGUUCAUCACUUGAAGAAUUGCCUCCCCUUCCACAUGCUUUGUGGAAAUUGAAUAUAGGAAAAUGUGAGAGAAUGAAAUCAUUACCAGAGCUUCCGUCAUCUUUAUAUUAUUUGUUUGCAGAGGAAUGUUCAUCACUUGAAGAAUUGCCUCCCCUUCCACAUGGUUUGACGAAAUUGAAUAUAGGAAAAUGUGAGAGACUGAAAUCAUUACCAGAGCUUCCGUCAUCUUUAUAUGAUUUGUGUGCAGAGGAAUGUUCAUCACUUGAAGAAUUGCCUCCCCUUCCACAUGCUUUGGGGAAAUUGAAUAUAGGAAAAUGUGAGAGACUGAAAUCAUUACCAGAGCUUCCGUCAUCUUUAUAUGAUUUGUGUGCAGAGGAAUGUUCAUCACUUGAAGAAUUGCCUCCCCUUCCACAUGCUUUGUGGAAAUUGAAUAUAGGAAAAUGUGAGAGACUGAAAUCAUUACCAGAGCUUCCGUCAUCUUUAUAUGAUUUGUGUGCAGAGGAAUGUUCAUCACUUGAAGAAUUGCCUCCCCUUCCACAUGCUUUGGAGGAAUUGAAUAUAGGAAAAUGUGAGAGACUGAAAUCAUUACCAGAGCUUCCGUCAUCUUUAUAUGAUUUGUGUGCAGAGGAAUGUGCAUCACUUGAAGAAUUGCCUCCCCUUCCACAUGCUUUGGAGGAAUUGAAUAUAGGAAAAUGUGAGAGACUGAAAUCAUUACCAGAGCUUCCGUCAUCUUUAUAUGAUUUGUGUGCAGUGGAAUGUUCAUCACUUGAAGAAUUGCCUCCCCUUCCACAUGCUUUGGAGAUAUUGAAUAUAGGAAAAUGUGAGAGACUGAAAUCAUUACCAGAGCUUCCAUCAUCUUUAAAAGUUUUGAAAGCAGACGACUGCACAUCGUUGGAGACAAUAUCAAGUUGGGGGUAUCCAACCGAACAAGGACAAGUUGACAAAGAUCCGGUUUUUUCGUUUGUGAACUGUAUAAAAUUGGAUGACAGCACACUCAACAACAUAAUUGCUGAUCAUGUGAACCAUCAAGUUUCAUCUGCUGAAGAUAAUACUGGGUUUGUGUAUCCAGGAGAUGAAAUCCCAGAGUGGUUCAGCUAUCAAACUGGCGGUCAAGAUUCAAUCAAUAUCCAUCUUCCUCCAUAUUGGUUUAAACUGGGAUUGAGAUUUGCCAUUUGCUUUGUUUAUGUUGUGCUGAAUGGUUAUUAUGAUCAACUUAUCGAAGUUGAAUAUGAAUUCAAUUUCAAAGCCAACACUAGUAACGGCGGUGAUGACCUUCUUUACAAGCAUGGUGGUGAGCUUACAAGAUUUUUUGGAAGAAUUAUUGAUUCAGAUCAUGUGUCAAUUGUUACGCAACCUCACAAACGCGGAGGAUUCUUUUGGCCUAUUUCUGAUGAUGAAUUAUUAGAAGUGUUUGGGCCAAACUGGUCCUCUAUCUGUCGCAACAUCACCGAGGCUUCUUUCCAUGUAUUCCACAAGGAUCAGAACGGUGUGAUUAUGAACAUUAAAAAAUUGGGGAUUCACCCCCUUAACAAUGGGUUUGAGGAGCCAAAUGUAGACGGGGGCAGUACUUCUAAAAGAGGGUUUGAUGAAUGUUCUUCUGAUCAACCCAAUGAAUACCAACACAACCAUGACACAAUAUUUCCAAGAGAAUCAAGCUUAUGGGACAAUAUAUUAGCGUUUCUUUUUCAAAUGAAUAGCUGUUUUGGUAGAUAACACUAAAAGCUUUGAUGGAUGUCGGAGAGAGAGAGAGAGAGAGAGAACGUUGACCGCCCGGCAACCGCAGAGCUCUUAGUUUGUUAUACGAGGGAGUAGAAAGGAGGGAAGAGAAACAGUCAGGAUCUAAUGGUCUACAACUGCAUUUUUUUUUUCUUUUUCAAUUAUUUUUUUUGGGAAUUAAACUCUUAAAUAUUUUUGCAAUUUUUCUUUUUAUUUUUUAUAGUUUAAAUAUUUUUUGAGCGUUGUUACUUUUUUUUUUUUUUAUGAAAAAUAACUUUUUAUCGGAUAGAAUGAAAAAAAAAAAAAAACACACACAAAACAAAUUUAAUUGUUAAAAUACGUUAUUAAAAUUAGUUUGUAAAAUUAUCGUUUAUUAAAAUUUUAUAUUUUUUAAAUUAAUGUUAUUGAAAAAAAAUAAUCAAGAAAGAAAAAACUUUCCCCAUUUCUCCUGAAGCAUUUUUCCUAUUUUCCUUAAUCUAUUCAUUUGUCACUCAAAGU